GACGUUUCUCAAAUGUUUGUUGAUUCUUGAUUUGAUUGUAUUUUUUCAGGUUAGAAAUUAAAUCUAUUUAAUUUAGAUUUAGAAUGAAAAUAGUGACUUAAGUUAUAUACCGGUGUAUUAUUUAAAUAAACAAGUGUGCCAAAACUUUAAGACAAUAUGAAUCCUAUGACUAAUAUGAAAAAUGUGCUCAAGCUGAGUGAACGUGAACUUGGCAGUGCAUCGAAGUCAUCAUGGCACGACCAGUAUAAGCAUAGUGCAUGGAUAUUUAUUGGAGGGUUGCCCUACGAUCUUACAGAGGGCGAUGUAAUCUGCGUUUUUUCACAGUAUGGUGAAAUAGUGAACAUAAACUUAGUCAGAGACAAAGGAACUGGAAAAUCAAAGGGAUUUGCAUUUAUAUGUUACGAAGACCAACGGUCAACUGUGCUGGCUGUAGAUAAUUUAAAUGGAUUAAAAAUUUUAAACAGGACUAUAAGAGUGGACCACUGUGAACAGUACCGAGCCCCAAAUGCUGACAUGUCUAAAGUAGAUGAGGUGACUGCCUCAAUAAGAAUGGAAGGCUGUGCUCCACUGAUUGCUAGAAAACCUGAGCCUCUUCUGAAAAAAGAAGUUAAAGAGGAAAAAGAUACCAGAGAAACAGUAAAAGAAGGUAGAGUAAAAAAGAAGAAAGAUAAGAAAAGUAAAAAGAAAAAAGAAAAGAAAAGUAAAAAGAAGAAAAAGAAAAGAAGCAGAAGUUCAUCAUCAUCGGAUUCCGAUUCUAGUGAUUAAUGUAGAUAAUAAUAAUUAAGCGAACAAAAGAUAAGUAAAAUGUUUUAUACAAA